CUUAAUUUGAAAAUUUACAUGAAAUCAAAAACAAUAAUCGUAAACCAAAAACUUAAAAAAAUAUCCAUAUCGAAAUAUCCAAAUAUACCUAAUAAACACAAUAUAUUUAUGAUCGGGUCUAGAGUAGGACCCAGACUCGAACAAAAGCCUGCAGUUCAAAAAAAACUCAAUAGGUUAUCUUCUCUGGACCUGAACUAAACCUAUAUUUUCGGGUUGGUUCGGUUUAUUUUUUUUGAUACGGAUAUAAUUAUCAUGCCUAAAAGAAACUUACAUAAAAGUGUAUAUAUAAAAUCUCAACUAAACUAAUUCGUAGUUUAUAUAACUGUUAAAAAAUUAUAUUUUUCGAUAUAAUAAAAUUUUAUAUUAUAAUAUAAUCCAAAAAACCCGCGCUUGAAAUCUAGUAACAUUUUAAAACUUAACAAUUUUAUUUAUUAUUUUGAAUAAUUAUAUUGUUGUUAUUUUAAUCGUUUAUUAUAUCACAGUGCUUCAUAAAUUAUUGGUAUAAUGUUUUCAUAUAUAUAAGUCCAAUUAGUUAACUGGACUUAUAUAUAUGAAAACAUUAUACCAAUAAUUUAUGAAUAGAUUAUUUUAUAUUUUAUUUGUAUAUUAUAUGAAUUGAUUACGAUAUGUGGUUUUUACUUUAUUAUUUAUCACUCAUAAAUAUCAGAAAACAUUUAAUACGUUAAUACAAAAUUAAGAAAUUUAUUGGAAAAUCUGUUUUGGUUAAGAUUAGAUUAAUAAAUUCUAUAAUUUAAAUUAGGAAAAAAACAAACAUACUUAAAUAUAGGUUCUAUAAAUAUUUCAAUGGCAUGCCAUUGUAAACAAGUGGUAAAACUAUGGGUUAAUUUAAUUUUAUACUCCCAUUUUAAUAGAUUAGAUUAUUACUAAUAAAUAUCAGAAAACAUUUAAUACAUUAAUAUAAAAUAUAUUAGGAAAUCUAUUGGAAAAUAUAUUUUGGUUAAGAUUCGAUUAAAGAAAUUUUAUAAUUUAAAUCAAGAAAAGACAAACAUAGUUAAAUAUAUGUUCAAUAAAUAUCUCAAUGACAUGCCAUUGUAAAUAAGUGGUAAAACUAAGGGUUAAUUUAAUUUUAUACUCCCAUUUUAAUAGAUUAGAUAAGAAUUUAUUGUUCAUAUACUUUUGUUUGGACUAAAAUUGUUGUAGUUUGAAAAUAUAACUCUUCAUUAAUUGAUUUUUAUGAUUUAUUUAGUUGAUAAAAUUAAAUAAAGUUAUUGUUGAAAAGAUUAGUCUAUGUAAUUUGUCUUUCAUUGGAUUUUUGAAUGUUCUAUUAUUAAAAUGAGUAGAUCAAUCCUUUUAACUCACCUCACACUAGUCAAAAUUUGAUUCAGUAUUUUUAUUAACAAAAUGAGAUAAAUCGUUCUUUAAAUCGUUUAUUAAUUUAAAUAGUUUAUAUGUUUGGUGAAUAUACAUGUAAUCGUAAGAGCAUCUAUUAAAAAUAUGAUCCACAAUAUAAUUUUAGUAAUUUAUAUAUCUUUUUCUAAGUUAAAUAUAUUGAUCUAACUUUUAAUAUUUUAUAUUUAAUUAAUAAAAAUUUAAAUUCAAUUGAUACUAAUUUAAAUAUUUUAUUUAGGAUAUUAACUUACCAAAAAUUAAGUUUAUUUGAAAAAUAGUGUUGUUUUAUAUGCAUACUUAUUCAAGCUUAAUUUUUAAUAAAUAAAAUAAUUUAUUAACUUAUUUAAUUAUAUUUAUCAUUUAUAUUUAUGACUUUUUUGGAAGACCCAACGUUAAAGAAAAUGCAGACCUGAUCUGUAAACUAAAUUUUAAUGCAUUACUUUGCUUACAACAGUGAAAAAGGAUACCCUAACUUCUAUCUUAUGUAUUACUUUGUACUGAGGCUGUCUACAUUAUUCCUGUCUUGACGCUUAAGUAACCUUAUUGCAUGAAACUUAUUUUCGUAUAAAUCUUAGAGCAAGGCUUCCUAACCACAAAACAAGCUGCUUCUUCUUCUUCUCCUAUGGAUAACCAAGAAGAAGAUCCCAAGCAACCUCCAAACAAAUUUCCUGAUCUAACCGUCUUUGAGCAAGCAAAUUCAGAAGUUGCUCUUGCUGCCUCCCAAGCUAAUUCCCAUUUUCCCCCUCGUAUCCAUGAUUUGGCCUCCUCAAGGUUUUCCAUGAUGGAAAGUGAUGGAGAAUCUGAAGAUGAAGAUGAAGAUGAAGACGAAGACGAAGAAGGAAGAAAUGAUAACUACUACGAGUAUUUCGAUAGCAAUGGGUUUGGAGAAGAUGAAGAUGAAAUCAAUGAGUAUCUUGAGGACCAAGAAAGCAACUCUUACGUUGAGGAGGAUGAUUUCCUGGAGGAAGAAGACGAGAUUGACCCCGACCAGUUGUCUUACGAGGAACUGAUUGCACUUGGAGAAUUCAUCGGAGUUGAAAAACGUGGCCUGACGCAGAUCGAAAUCUCCACGUGUCUGAAGCCAUCUAGCUACGUAUUUUCACAUAACAAAAACGAGAUUGAUCGUUGUGUGGUUUGCCAAAUGGAGUUUGAAGAAGGAGAAUCUUUGGUCGUACUCCGACUUUGUAACCAUCCGUACCACUCUGAAUGUAUAACCAAAUGGCUUCAGACAAAGAAAGUUUGUCCCAUUUGCGGCUCUGAACCAUCUCACGGAUAAAAUCUCGGAGAUAUUUCAAUCAUCGAUUAGAAACACGUCGCCAAAAUUCAUUCUUCACUUUAAAAAGUUCUAUACAUUCUUCAGUUGUACUUGUCUCAUAAUCAUACAAACUUCGUCUUGAUAUCAUACAUCGCAAUUUAUACUUUUAGCCUCGUGAAUGUUUUUCUAUAUGUGAAAUUUUAGUCUCUAGUUACAUUAACCCAUUCUAUUCAUACUUAUUUAUACUUUUAGCUUUCGUCAAUUUUAUUUAUAAUUUAAUUUAAUGGUUCAACUAAGUAUGCCUCAAACAAUUAAUACCAAACUGUAAAUUACAAGAACUUGUCCACAAUUUUGCAACAAAAAUUAUUUUACAAAAUUUGCUUGUCAGAUAAACAAAACCCAGCACAAAGCUCACCCACCCAAUCCAAGUGUAAAAUUCAAUUGACCAACCUAAGUUCUUUGAUUAAUUCAUCUACAUGCCUAUCUAUUAAUAUAAAGUAAAGCUUUAUUCUUUUUUCCUUUUGCCACCUAAGAAAAUAGGGAAAGGAGAGCAUUACACGUGUCAAUUAUUUUGUUCUAACCAGUCAGAUUUUUUUUGUCUCCUGCAUUGAUCCAUAUUGAUUCAUAUUUGGGCUUUUGGUGUCGGAGGCCCGUAACGUUGUGUCGAUGUCGACAGAAUCAUCCGGAUGAAACGCUGUGUUUCCUCCAUUAGGUUUAACGCGAGAUCAUCUUCGCAACUCUAAAGCUCAUGGCUAUUCGUUUGCGCAGUCGAGAUCUUUCAUCUUCUUCCUAACAGUACCAGUAACCGAUUAUCCUCAUAAAAACCUCCAUUAAUCGACAUCCACAAUCUAUAUUCAAUACGGCUCUUGAGACUGCGAGGUGAUUGCGUUUGAAUAUAAAAAGGUAUGAAUUUCUGAAUUUACAAUCAUCUCUCAUCUAUUCUAAAGUUAAAAAGCAAACCAAAAAUUCUUAGUUAUGGCUAACGCUUUGGUUUUCCUCUCCGAUCUACAUACUGGCCGCUCUUCCUUCUCCGUCCAAGUUCGCCUGUUCCGUUUCUGGGAGGCCCGGAGUGUACGCCGUGGUGGAGAUCACAUGGGAGUCGACAUGCUCCUGCUUGAUUCUCAAUACCAGAGAAGUGCAAAUAUGAAGUAAUGUCAACCAAGAUUGAGAAACGUCUUGCAAAAGAAGAGAUCAUCACAUGGGCCUCUCUUAAACACGGCAAAGGGCCUACGGUUUUGCCAAAGCCUAAUGUCUCAACAGGUUUUUUACACUUUCUUCUUAUUUAAUUUGAGGUUUAAAUCACAGUCUCUUGACAUUUGGAACUUUGGUGCAAAUGUUUCUAUGAGACUGGCUUAUCCUUCUUCCAUGCGUGUUAAGGACUGGGACAAGCUUGAAGAUGAAGUGAAGAAACAUGAGAAGAAUGAGAAGCCCGAAGGUGACACGGCUUUGAACAAGUUCUUCCGUAAAAUUUAUUCAAAUGCUGAUGAGGAUAUGAGGCGUGAAAUGAGCAAAUCAUUUGUGAGUAUCUUCUCUGUAGUCUUUCUUCUCUCAUGGAGACUACAAAUUUUGUGUCAUUUUUUAUUGACUCUCUUGCGAUUUCUUUUUGUACAAUGAAGAAGUGGAAUCUAAUGGGACAGUGUUCUCAAUAGACAGGAAAGAGGUUGGAACUAAGAAAAUCGAGAGCACUCCUCCUGAUGGUAUGUAGCUCAAGAAAUGGGAGAUCUGAUCUGUUGUGAUAUAUGAGUGGACUCGAAACCUUUUUGGUCUUGAGGGUCUUUUUAUGGACUACGGUUGUUUCUUUUAUCUGUCUCUCCAUCUGAUUUUUCUUUCUCAUGUUACAGUCGUUGGCUAAAGCCAAGUCGUUGAAAAAGGUAAGUGAGAAUGGUGUUGUACAUCUGAGUUUGUUUGCCUUUACAACAUAUAGCUAUUAUGGUUAACCUGUAAUCUCUUCUCAUGUUUCAUAAGCCGUAUAAGCUGAAAUAAAUGAGAAAAGAGUUGGAUGGUAUAAUGCAGGUCACAUGAGAUUUUGCUAAUGCAUCCAAAGGCUGGUGGCUAAGGUGGAAAAAAAUUGAAAAGGAACUUCAAAAAGGCAAACGGCUUGAACCGUGGAAACGUGUUGUGAAAGCUAGAAGGACGAACCAUGGCUAUGUAAUCAAACACUUUCAGUAAUAAUAUUAUAAUAAAGGAGUUGACACAAAGAUGAAUCCCGUAUACCAUUUAUUUUGAAUCCAUCAGAUCUCUUUAUUUUUUGUAACUGUAACACCAAUUCUUGAUUACCGGUUGGGCUGCUUUAAUUAUCUUUGUUGGAUAAA